AAAAAAAAAAAAAAGAUAAGGGAAAGAAAUUUGAAUAAUUAUUAAAUAAACGUAUUGAAUUAAAAUCGUAGCCACAUGUGCGUGAAACGGGUACAUCGGAAUUUCGAGAUCUGGUUGUUAUGAGACCACCGAUUCAAAUAAAAUAUAGAUCGUGAUCUAUAAAAAAGGUGAUCUAUCAACGAUACUGUUGAUUCCAUAGGCUUACACGAGUCUAAUUUCAAUCCUCGAGAAGAAAUUACCACGUUACAUCGAGAAGGAGAAAACAAAAAAAAACCCCAAAAAAAUACUAAACGUCGGAGAAGAAUAUUAUUGAUCGAACAAAAAUAUCAUCAUCGCGGAUUUCUCAUCUUUGUAUAACAAAUUUUCCUUUCCCCCCUUAAUUCCCCCUCACACCGAACCCACUCAACCAUCUCAACGAAAGUAAAAAGAUGAAUUUCGAGGAAUAUCGCAAACACGGAAAGGAAAUGGUGGAUUACAUUGCCGAUUAUUUUAAAAAUAUUCGUUCGAGACGAGUAUAUCCGUCAGUAUCACCGGGUUAUUUGAGAAACGUUUUACCAACAUCGGCACCGUUAGAUGGUGAACCAUGGGACGAUAUUUUUGCCGAUAUCGAAAGAUGCAUCAUGCCGGGUGUUACACAUUGGCAAAGUCCUCAAAUGCACGCUUAUUUUCCUGCACUUAAUUCGCCAGCUAGUUUGUUGGGUGACAUGUUGGCUGAUGCCAUCAAUUGUCUUGGAUUUACUUGGGCAUCUAGUCCGGUUUGCACGGAAUUGGAAAUGAUCAUGAUGAAUUGGCUCGCAAAGAUGAUAGGUUUACCUGAACAAUUUUUACAUAGGCCUGGAAUAAACGAUGGCGGUGGUGUCAUACAAACAACAGCAUCAGAUUCAACCCUUGUUUCCUUACUCGCUGCGAGAACUCGUGCUAUCAGAGAUGUACAAGAAAGUGAACCUAAUCGGAGUGCAGCAGAAAUCAAUUCGCGUCUCGUCGCAUAUUGUUCCGAUCAGGCACACUCAAGCGUGGAAAAAGCUGGACUUAUCGGAUUAGUAAAAAUGCGAUACAUCGAAUCGGAUCAAGAUUUUUGUAUGAGAGGAGAAGCACUUGACGAAGCUUUGAUCCGUGACCGUGCCGAUGGUUUGCUUCCAUUUUUCGUAUGCGCAACAUUGGGUACAACAGGUGCAUGUUCAUUCGACAAUCUUAUGGAAAUUGGUCCGAUAUGCGUUAAAAAUGGUUUAUGGUUGCACAUCGAUGCUGCAUACGCUGGAAGUGCAUUUGUUUGUCCUGAAUAUCGUGGUUGGCUUCAAGGAAUCGAAUAUGCCGAUUCUUUUGCAUUCAAUCCGAGCAAAUGGUUGAUGGUUCAUUUCGAUUGUACUGCUAUGUGGUAAGAGAAACUUUUUUCAUACAUAUAUAAAUUUAUUUACAUAUUUUUCCUUUGUUUAAAUCAUUUUUCAGAUACUCGCGAGAAGAAUGAAAAUUUCGGUUCGAGUUUGUUGUUGGCCAAUUCACCUAUGUCACCGAAAAUAGUCAACGGCAGUUUUGCAGCAAUUUACGAUGCAACAGAUGUAUUCGACGAGUGCAUGAAAAAUUUCGGACAAUUGCGAGUCGAGGCUAAGGAUAGUCCAGCAAUGCGACGACGAAUUCGCGGUAUUCUAAUGUCGGGUAAACAAUUUUCAUUAGACUCACGCAUGGAUCUCGUUCAGGGUUACGUAUGUUGCGGAAAAUUAAUAGAAGCGUCAACGGAGCUUCCACAAAUGAAAGAGGACGAUGACGGUUUGACAAAUUUCGAAUCAACAUUGAGCAUCGACAAAACCGACGAUGAUUAUUCCACUUACAACGAGAUAUCUCGAGAUAAUACAAUCGAACAAUCGGAAUCUGAUGAUUUUGACGAUGACAAUAAAACGAAGAAUGAAAUAGUCAAAGUUCAUCAUUCGAUAUGCGGAAUAGCCAAUAGUAAUAAUGAUUCUAUCGUAAAGCAACAAGAUAUUGAAGGUGAAGAUUUUUCGAAUAUGCCAUCCGGAGAGAAGAGUACAAUACCUAGAAGUGAAACUAUCGGUGCGAUAGGUCAUCGACCUUACACAGGUGAACUAUCAACGACUCGAUUCAUUAAAUCGGAUAAAAUGAUCAAGGAUAAUAAGGAAAAACAAAAUGACGAUGAUAAUUAUGAUAACGAUCAUGACAACGAUGGUAAACUCUGUCGAAAUUGUGGUCAUUCGUUGAAACGUCAGUAAAAAAUUUUAAUGUAAUAAUUAAUUAAUUUUUCUUUUUUUAUUUUGCAUCAUUUUCUCGAUGAAAAAAAACGUACGACGACGACAUUGUUGUUGAUCGUUGAGUUUGCUAAUAAUUAUCGAAAAUCUUAACUCACGCUUCUUAGAAGAUUAUUUAUUUUUUCGUUUAUAUUUUUUAUCUCUUUCUAUCUAUCUAUCUAUCUAUCUAGCUCUCUUUCUCUCUCUCUCUCUCUCUUUCUUUUUUUUUUUAUUUUGUUUAUUUUAAUAUUCUAUCAGACUAUCCAGGAAAACCCUCCUACCGGCUCUAGGUUUACCAAUAGACAAGGUUCAAUGGAUUUUUAGAUUAGGAGAAAUAAUUUUUACGAUCAAUUUUUAAAUAAAUUAUUUAAUUCUUAUUUAAUUGUUAGAUAUAUAUAUGAUAAUUCGUAUUAGAAGGGUUUCGUCGUUUAUUAAUUGAAUAAUUAUUAAAUAAUUAUCAUUAUUUAAUAUAUCUAGUUGUUCGAAUAAUAAAAUAAAAAAAAAACAAAAACAAGGAUUGCGUAUCCUCGAGCCGGAAAAAUGAAAAAUUUAAUCUAACUAGAGUUAUCUCUAUCUAUAUUUAUCCAUCUAUCUAUCUAUCUAUCUAUCUAUCUAACUAUUUAUCUAUCUAACUUGAAACAAAGUGUUUCUGUCGUUCUUAAAAUCGACACGUGUGUACGAUUCGUUCGAAUAAAUCGUAGAAGCAAACGAAAAUGUUAUCGAUUGCAAUAAUAAAUCACGUUAAAUGCUGUAUUCAA